GGGGCGGCGGGUGGAGCUGGGUUGGGCGGGAUUGGGAGGACUGCGUCAGCAGCGGCGGCACCCUCGCUCUCUUCGGGGACGGCUCCGGAGGUAUCAUGUCGGGCCUCGAGGGCCCCUUUCAGACUGUGCCCCGCGCUGAGCUGCUAGCUCUUGCGCUCGCCCUAGAACGCUGGAAGGGCGACCUCUGUUUCAUCACAGACCACCUCCCGCUAUACGACGGAUGGCGGUCGAAUCGACACUUGCGCCCCUGCGAUGGCGCCAAUCAGGAUUUGCGGGCGCGAAUUGCCAAAGCAAUUCGCGCACGUGGCACUAGGCAGCUCUCUGCGAUCUGGGUGCCCUCACACUGCGAGGAGUCACCUGGCCUAGCCUCUGACCCUGUGCGAUACUUUCACACAAUCGGCAACGCGACGGCCGAUGCGUGGGCAGGGGUAGCGGCCCAACAGUCCUACGAGGCAGCGCUUGUAGGACAGGCCCCUCCCACAGACCUGCACGAUGCCCGGCGCGCCCUCAUCCGCAGGAGGGCGCGCCGAGCCCUAGCUGACACGCUCGCAGUCGACCCGUGGGUUGCGGAGCGACCCUCGCAGGCCAAAGGCCCGCGCCUCACCAAGCUGCAGUCAGCCAUGCAAUCGAGCCAGCACGCCUUUGAGCUCAGAGCGGGCAAGUACCUCUGCUCUCGGUGCGGGCUCACCACUGACAAGUGUAAAGUACGCCAGGCCUGUGCCACGCCGUGCACCCACCAGCCGCCCCUGCCGUCUGCCAGUGACCAGAUAGUGCCAGUACCGGGCACCAUCACCAUUGCUGGGCGCGAGCUGCACGCCAGCCAUAAGCUUCAUCCCAUGCAGAAGUACCGCCUGUACUUCUGCCGCGGGCGCGGAAAGACGGCAACCGAGGACCCACGCCACCUUGCCGCACCCUGCGCGGGUAUCACCAAGAGAGGGCGAGAGAACCUCGCCAAGAUUGACAAGGGAGAAUUCACUCGCGCCCACGCUGGGCGCGAUGGCCUCACCAAAUUCCUGCGCGCAGCUACCCACGGCAUGGCCGUGGAA